AUGGCUCAGCCCGCUGUCAGACAACCUACGGCGACACGAUCCCGUAUUGCUCGACCAGGAGGCAUCCCAGCUUCUCGCAGCGGUGACCGCAUCCACCUCACCGAGGCCUCAUCUUCCAGCCACCUUGCAAAAGUCAAAGCCCAGAAAGCUGUCGGAGUCUCCGUCGCUGGCAAACCGAAAGCCAUGCCACCACAACGCGCCGCCCUCUCGGAUGUCAGCAACCGUACAGGUGCAGUUUGGGCAAGUGCACAGGUUCAUGGCGCCGUCAAGCUGGCUCCCGGCCAGCAUGGUUUGCGUGCGCAGCAAACCAAGAGUAUGACCCGUCUUGGCGAUGCGCGAUCACGGUCCACAACAGAGGAGAGGCUACCAGGGCCUACACGCUCCCUAUCCGAACAAAGAGAUCUUGUAUCGGGCGGCGUCCAGUCCAUGGAAGUCGAAGCGCCGCGGCUGCUCCCACCCUUUCAGACUUCUGCUUCCAUCAACGCAAACCUUCAGAGUAACGCAGCCGGCAGCAGCCAAUCUCAGAGGACGCUAUCUUCCAGCAACGAUGAUGCAGAGAUCGAGGAUCUCGCGGCUGUACACGACGACGGCGAUGAGGUCGACGAGGACGACAUGUCGGACGUCGACUCCACAUCGAGCAGCGAUGAAGUGGGUACAGACCAAGCCAACUGGCACGGCUCCGAACGCUUGAGCGCCGAAGCAAGGCCCGAGAGCGUCACCUCGGCAGAGGACGGUGACUUUCUCGACUACAACAUUGAUCCCGAGGGACUCGUCUCGUUACAUCCCGAAUUGGAGGAAGCGGCACGACGCAAGGUAGCUUUGAUCAAGUCUCGCUACCAAGAAGAGGUCAUUCAGCCCAGAGCCCUCCAUGCUCAAGCGCAACGAGCUGAGGCUGUCGCAGCUGGUCAGCUCUCAGCAGACUUGGCAGCGCAUGAAGACGAGCUGAUCAUCAUGGGACUCGAUCCAGACGAGGUGCGCGACACCAGCAUGGUCGCCGAGUACUCGAAUGAGAUCUUCACCUAUAUGGCAAGGUGUGAGCGCGAGACCAUGGCGAACCCCAACUACAUGGAUUUCCAGAGCGAGAUCCACUGGCAUAUGCGAGCAACGCUCGUCGACUGGUUGUUGCAGGUGCACAUGCGAUACCACAUGCUUCCAGAAACGCUCUGGAUCGCUAUCAAUGUGGUCGACCGCUUCCUCAGCGUGCGGGUCGUCAGCUUGGCCAAGCUGCAGCUCGUCGGUGUCACGGCCAUGUUCAUUGCAGCUAAGUACGAGGAGAUCCUGGCACCAAGUGUCAAGGAAUUCGUCUACAUGACCGAGGGCGGCUACUCGCAAGAAGAGAUCCUCAAGGGCGAGCGCAUCAUCCUAUCGACGCUCGACUUUAACGUCUCAUCUUACUGCUCGCCUUACUCGUGGGUUCGAAGGAUCUCCAAGGCAGACGACUACGACAUCCGUACACGAACGCUGUCCAAGUUUUUGAUGGAGCUCGCGUUGCUCGACCACCGCUUCCUGCGUGCCCGCCCAAGCCUCAUUGCCGCUGUCGGCAUGUUCCUAGCAAAGAAAAUGCUCGGAGGCGACUGGGACGAUGCCUUCGUCUACUACUCUGACUUUACCGAGGAGCAGCUUGUGCCUGGAGCCAACUUAUUGUUGGAGCGAUUGCUGGACCCUGGCUUCGAGGAGCAGUUUGUCUACCGCAAAUACGCCAACAAGAAGUUCCUCAAGGCGAGCGUUUUUGCGCGCGACUGGGCUUACCAGAACCACAGCGCACUGCUCGCUGCUGCUGCUGCCGCCGCCGCGGCUCAAGCAGGACAGCCUUUGCAAUAA